UUCACACAGAGUGGUGAAUCUGUGGAAUUCUCUGCCACAGAAGGUAGUUGAGGCCAAACACAGUUCAUUGGCUAUAUUUAAGAGGGAGUUAGAUGUGGCCCUUGUGGCUAAAGGGAUCAGGGGGUAUGGAGAGAAGGCAGGGAUGGGAUACUGAGUUGGAUGAUCAUAUUGAAUGGCGAAUGGUGCAGGCUCGAAGGGCCGAAUGGCCUCUACUCCUGCACCUAAUUUCUAUGUUUCUAUGACCUAAAGAUGUAAGACAACUUGAUCUUGAGAGUGGUGAAUCUGUGGAAUUCUCUGCCACAGAGGGUAGUUGAGGCCACACAGUUCAUUGGCUAUAUUUAACCAUAUAACCAUAUAACCAUAUAACAAUUACAGCACGGAAACAGGCCAUCUCGGCCCUAGAGGGAGUUUUUAAGAGGGAGUUAGAUGUGGCCCUUGUGGCUAAAGGGAUCAGGGGGUAUGGAGAGAAGGCAGGGAUGGGAUACUGAGUUGGAUGAUCAUAUUGAAUGGCGAAUGGUGCUGGCUCGAAGGGCCGAAUGGCCUCUACUCCUGCACCUAUUGUCUAUGUUUCUAUGAAUGUCGGUGCUGGCUUGAGGGGCCGAAUGGCCUCUACUCCUGCACCUAUUGUCUAUGUUUCUAUGAAUGUCGGUGCUGGCUUGAGGGGCCGAAUGGCCUCUACUCCUGCACCUAUUGUCUAUGUUUCUAUGAAUGUCGGUGCUGGCUUGAGGGGCCGAAUGGCCUCUACUCCUGCACCUAUUGUCUAUGUUUCUGUGUGAGUGCAAACGCCGGUUUGAUUGUAUUUGUUGAAGCAGGGCGGACCGCGUGUAAGGUUGCAGUCUCCCCGCACCACACUAACACUGUGUGUCCCCGUCUCAACGAUGUCGGGGGAACCCGUCUACGAUUCUCUGGAGCCGCUAUCGUCCCGGAGACCGUCUCCCCGCCCGUCUCUCCCGCGGGUCAGUGUCAUAGACCGUCUGCUCCUCACCAACUCCGUCUGGUUGCAGCUGCACCUCAGCUCUGCUGCAGCACUGCACAUUCUGCAGCGGGAGACACCUGGGAUAUUCCUGGUACGUGAAUCUGCAACAUCCCAGCGUAAAGUCCUGUUCGUGCGAGUGGCUGAUCUAUCCGACCCCUCCUUCGUCCAGGACUUCCCCAUCCAACAGGACGGGGGGAAUACCGCCUUCUCCCUGGAAGGGUCGGCCAUGACCUUUGGUGAUAUCUUCCAUCUCAUCUCCUUCUACUGUGUCCACAA